GACGCGACUCAUCUUCUAUCUAUAAUAUCUCUGACUCUGUCUCUGUGAUUGAAAAAAAAGAAGAAGAAAGAUCUGCUUAUUACAUUUCAAGUGCUGCUAUUCACAGUGAUGAUAAUAUCUACUGGAGUACACUUCCCAUGAUGCCAUGGGUGCUUACAAGUCACGUCCAACUUCUUCUUGUGCAGAGGAAUGGCAUAAGAAGAUAAGUGAGAGCUACGCUGUGCUGGAAUCUCGUAUAAAAGAUGAUUUAAAUCCUAAAGACAGAGAGCAAUUUUCAGGCAUUCAGGAGGCGUGCUGUGCUGGAGAUACAGACAGGGUACUGGAACUAGCUGAUGAAAGAUGUAUGAUUAGUAAAACAGAGAAUGGACUCACUCUUUUGCAUCUUAGCUGUAUCUCUACAGGGUCAAAGCCGUUUGUGAAAUUCUUAAUCCGUGCUGGAACAAGAAUCGGAAGUUUGAGUAGGAAUGGUUUCUCACCGUUACAUCUAGCUUGCUAUCAGGGUGAUGUAGACUUGGUAAAGGACUUGUUAUUAGAGGAAGCAGACCCAGCAGUUAUUGGUUACAGUUCAGUUACUCCCCUUCACAUAGCAAGCUUGAAUGGAUAUGAAGAGAUUGUUGAACAUCUGAUAAAGUGUGGAUCUAACAUCCAUGCUAGAGACACUGUUAAGUUCACACCAUUGCAUAUAGCAUGCUACUUUGGUCAUGAAAAGGUUGUGAAAUGUCUGAUUAAUCAUGGAGCUGAUAUCAACCUUACUGGUGAGGUGGGUGAUGUGCCUCUUCACUUGACCUGUGUCAAAGGUCAUCAGAGUAUCACAGAGCUUCUGGUCAAAGGUCGUCGUAAUAACAAAGCAGAUGUGAAUGCCCAGGACAAUGAGCAGCAUAUGCCGCUUCAUUUCAGCUGCCGAGCCGGUCACCUGACCUCCGUAGAUUAUCUCCUUCAGCCUAACUUAGGGACCAAAGCCCAUGAAGUGAAUAUAUACGGCGAUACACCACUACAUCUAGCAUGUUACACAGGGAGACUGGAUAUAGUCAAGUCAUUAAUCACAAAGACAGGAACUACCAGUCUACUUGUGGAGAAUAUAUUCAGUGAAACUCCCCUACACAGUGCCUGUACAUAUGGUAAGAACCUAGAGCUUGUGACAUAUCUACUAAGUCAAGAAGGUGUUAAUGUGACUGUACAAGGCAGAGAUGGUCAUACAGCUCUACAUAGUGCUUGUUACCAUGGGCACUACCAGCUCGUCCAGCUUCUAUUAGACCAAGGUGCAGAUCUGAAUCUAGUGGCAUCAGAACAGAAUGGUGAUUCUGAGAAAGACCAGGAACAGACCUGCUUGGUCUGGGCCUACCAGAGAGGUCAUGAUGCCAUUGUGACAUUACUGAAGCAUCACAAAAGACCCCAAGACGAGUCUGCAUGUGGAGACUACUCACAACCAGACGGUUCUUAUGUCUCGGUUCCCUCUCCGUUGGGCAAGCUGCGGUGUAUUACAAAAGAGAAAAUAAAUGUGUUACAACUAAGGGCCUCUCUGCCUAAGAACUUUCACUUGGAUAUAAAUGAGAUUGAAUUCCUUGAGACGAUUGGGAGUGGAUCCUUUGGGAAUGUAUAUAAAGGCUACUGCAGAGGAAAAAUUGUUGCAAUAAAAAGAUAUCGUUCUAGUGCUUUCAGUGCCAAGUCAGAUGUUGAUAUGUUUUGUCGAGAGGUAUCUAUUCUUUGUAGAUUAGACAGCCCUUAUGUCAUCAGGUUUGUUGGAGCUUGUAUUGAGGACCCAAGUCACUUUGCAAUAGUCACACAGUAUGUGGCAGGAGGAUCUCUGUUUUCAUUACUUCAUGUACAAAAGAGAACUAUUGAUCUCCAAUCCAAGCUAAUGAUAGCUGUUGAUGUGGCCCAUGGCAUGGACUACCUUCACAAUCUACCACAGCCUAUUAUACACAGAGAUCUUAAUAGUCACAAUAUUCUUCUGGAUGAGUUUGGACAUGCUGUGGUAGCUGAUUUUGGUGAAUCUAGAUUUGUGAAGUCUAUGCAUGAAGACAACAUGACCAAGCAACCGGGAAAUCUUCGCUGGAUGGCACCAGAAGUGUUCUCUCAGAACACCAAGUACAGCAUCAAGGCUGACAUCUUCAGUUACGCCCUCUGUAUCUGGGAGCUUCUCUCCGGAGAGCUACCCUUCGCUCACCUCAAGCCGGCAGCAGCUGCUGCUGAGAUGGCGUAUCGGAGCACCAGACCGCCCAUAGCCAUCUCUAUACCAAAGUCCAUUGUUAAUAUACUACAGAUGAUGUGGAGUCCGAUUCCUGAAGAGAGACCAACAUUUGCCCAGAUCAUCCCGAUGCUGGAUGAGUGUCGUCAAGAGUACCUGGCCGUAAGCAAAUCAUUGUCUGGUGUGCUCAGCAUGUUGGAUGCAGAAUGGGCUACUCCACUAGAUGACAGUGAAGAUGGCCUUGAGAUGGGAUACAGGGGAUUGGAGCCCUCGCCCAGUGAUCUAGAACCAGGAGAACUACCUGCUGGCAAUGUUACUGCCCUUAGAACACAGUGGGAAAAGUGUGCAAAGUCACUCAGUGGAGAAAAGAAUGGUAGUAGUGUCUUCCCUGCGACAGACAAGAAUGGUUAUGUAUCUGAUCCUCUUAGUACGCUACGAGUCAGCCAGUCACCAAUACUACCUCCGCAGGAUUGAAUGUAGUGUAUCUUUUGUU